AUGGCGCUGUUCAUGGACAGCAGGCUGAUAUUAAGAAGAGUUACAGAUUUAAGGUGUUUGACGCCCAGAAGACACCGAGUCAAAGAAAAAUGGGCUGCUACACGAGCCAAACUCCCUCCGACCAGGCUGGCCCUGCAGCACUUCGAUGCCACCUACGGCGUCCAGCUGGGCCCGCUGUGGCCAUCGGUCCGAGUUGCCAUGCUGUCAGAGAGAAAGUACGGAGCCCUGCUCAACAAUUUCUCUUAUGAUGCCGUUCAGGCAGACCUCCAAGCCCAGGGGUGCAGAGACUUCAUCAGCAACAGGGUGGAGGAGGAGGAGGAGGAGGAGGCUCAGCCACACUUGGAGCAAAAAUCUGAGGUUGAAGCCCAGGAGAGUUCCAAUGAUGUUUCCAUGAAGAUGUUUGAUGGUCAGCAGAUGAAUCUAAGCCCAAAUAUCAAGUGCUUGGUGUUUCCAAGAGGGGAUGUUACACGAUUCAAGUCAGCGAGACCAGACACUCACGGUCUGCUGAGUUACUACCUGAUGGACGCAGCAUCUGUGUUGCCUUGUCUCGCGCUGGAUGUUCAAGAAGGUCACAGCGUGCUUGACCUCUGCGCUGCUCCAGGAGGCAAGACUCUGUCGUUACUUCAGACCCAAACUAUCAGGUUCUUGUGUGUGAAUGACAUGUCAGUGUCUCGAACACGGCGACUAAGGAAGGUCCUCCAUAGCUACGUACCUAAGCAGUUUUUGACAGAUGAGAAUCUGCGCGUCACCUCCUUUGACGGCACCAAAUGGGGGGAAAUCGAAACGAACACCUUUGACAGAGUCCUUGUGGACGCUCCCUGCACCACAGACAGACAUUCACUCAUGGAGGAUGACAACAAUAUAUUCAAUAAGAUCAGGGUCGGUGAGAGACGAAGGCUGCCGCAGCUACAGCUGGACCUGCUGCUAGCGGGAAUCCAAGCAGCUUGUCCAGGCGGGGAGAUCCUUUACUCCACCUGCACGCUCUCUCAGAACCAGAACCAGGGUGUGGUUGAACAGGCCGUCUGCCUCGCUCGAGAGAACCACGGCAUCCAUCUGCAGGCUGUCAGUCUGCGACCCCUCAUACGAAUGUUUAGGAACACCUUUCACUUCGCUCCAGACCUCCACCUGGGUGAGAUGGUCAUCCCACACUUGGCUGCUAAUUUCGGACCUAUUUACAUGUGCAAGCUGAAGAGACUCUCCUAGACGGAGGACUGUUCUCCUGAAAGCUUGUGAACAAACUUGUGGAUCGUUAUCCUCGUGGACUAUUGCGUGAUUCUCCAGCAGAUGAUGGACUCGACUCCUGACUUAUUUUAACCUCAGAAAUUAAGGAUCCUGUUGAUGCAUCUGGACUUUUCCAUCAUAACCGUGGAUCCACUGGACAGCGCUGAACGUUACAGAACUCUCACAAACCAACAAGAACGCCAGCGUUGCAAUGUGUGCUUUACUUGCAGUUCCAUUUUUGCCCCAUAGGUGUCAACAGAACAUAAAGAGUCAAGGUGUCCUGUGUCUUCUGUGCCCACUAGGGGGCACUAAGCCUAGAUGUGUGAAGGUUGCAGGAGCCAGUAUAUACGUCCUCAGAUGCACAGAGAUGCUAUUCCCGGUUUGGGAGUGACAUUAGUGAAACACACAUUUCCAUCAGAAUUACCUGCUUCUCUUUAACUCUGCUAUGAAAAUGAGUUUGUCUUGUUCUGUGGUUAUUCAUCAGGUUUGAUGGCUUUGCCUAAUAAUGCGAUAUGAGCAAGGAGGCCAUAAUGAACAGGCAGGUAAUGGCUUAUUUGACCAUUUGGCUUGUCACAUCUGAAUCUGUGCAACUUUCAUUACUACAGCUGGAUUGACUCCGUUUUGCAUUGACGUCGCUCAGAGGUGAAGCGUUUCCUCUUAUCGCAGCCUAAUGGGAGCGCAGAGGUGCCUCUUUUUCCAUCACACCGCCGAUGACCCUUUAUGUUGUCCUGGUCAGGCAAUGUAGCGUGAAAAAGGUGUGUGUCUGUGUGUGUGCGUAUACGUAGAUAUAUAUGUAUGUAUGUAUGUGUGUGUGUGUGUGUGCGUCUAACGAGUCCACCAUCCACAUCCCACCGUCAUUAAGCUGCUCCAAGUGCCGGAGCUCUCUCCCAUCCCCGUGCAGGGAUGGACGGCAGCCAUGCGACUCCCAGAUGAACAUUAAAGAGGCAGCAGAGAGCUAAAAUGGGACGACGCGCCCUGUUUUGCCCCUCCGCUUUUUUAUUCCACAGAUGAGUGCAGAUAAUUUCCUGUGCGAUUGUGAGUGAUUACUGUAUUACUGCGGUAAAAGGGGGAUGUAUCGGGGAAUGCAGAGGGAAUUAAUGACACAUAAAAACUAUUUUUGUAUUGACUGCGUUCGUCCCCAGGGCCCUGAAUGCCUCUUCGCAUAUCUUGUGAUUACCUAAACGUAUUGUAAAUAUGUGUUUCCUAUGGGCUCUUACAUAAAUUUACAUGUUUUAACACUCAGGAGACGGCAGACUGUUAGAGAUGAGUUACUCUCUAUUCUGCUGUCUGUAGACUCGACUGGCUGCCUGCUUUAUUAUUGAAUUAGCCAAUGAAGCGCUGUGCAUUUGUGUCCCUGUGUGUAAGCCUGUGUUAGGGAGACAUGCUGUGUAUUAGAAAGAUGGAUAUUAUGGAUUUAACUACACAACCGUGCUUCUGUUGUGUCUCCAAAUACAAUUUAAAUGUUGCGUUUUUUUGCUAAUAAACAUGCAAAACACUGUAAUAGGCUCGUGUUUUCACCUUGUACUACACGAGCAAGCGAAUGAAUGAUCUCGUAUAGGUUAUUAUCGGAGUCCAUAUAUUGUAACGGAGCACCUGCAGCUGGUUGUUAAAUAGUUUAAUGACUCAGUGUUCAUGUCCUCAGCAGUUCAAGGUGAACCGUAAGAUGUCUGUAUGGAGACUAGCUGGCGAGUCUUAAAGCAGACGCUGCUGCUGUUCCUGUUGCGGUGUUUUGAGCCCAGAGGUGGAGAUCAGAUCAGAGUCCACGGUGGUGCUGGGAGAGCAGAUCUCAGCAGUGGAGGGGGUCUUUGUUGCAGACUGAGGCCGGCUUUCUGCUGCUCAUAGCCACAGGGGGGAUCAGACAUGCGGUGUUAUGUGUUCUCUUCAGAUUACAGCUAUUACUGUCCUUCUUUUAUAAACUUCUGAAGCUAAUUUCUAUUUGGGUGUUCGUGAAGGAUCACUGAUAACACUCUACUGGACUUGUACAUCACACUGAACUGAACAGGCCGCUUUACCUUUUGUCAUAAUUCUA